UCUAUUGUAUUAGUAUAUGCAGCCUCGUCCGACAUUCCCCCUCAAACCUGGACAGAAAUAUCUAGGUCCCAUGUUCCUCGACGAUACACAUGCGGUACCUGCAAGGAUCAACACAUUCCUUAGGGAGUACCAGCGCAAGGGCGUGCGAUUUUUCUGGGAACGGCACAACGAUGGCAAGGGCGGUCUGCUGGGAGACGAUAUGGGCCUUGUAAAACCAUCCAAGUACUCUCAUUCCUCUCCGCCAUCAUGCAAAAGCACGGGGAUAAUCGCGACAUAGACCGACGGCGAAAACACGUAUCCCAUCUACAGGACAUCUACCCGGACUGGAGGGAGCGUCACACCCUGCCGCCUGCCAACCAGACAUGGCCGACAUGUCUCAUCAUCGCGCCAAGCUCCGUAGUCGGGAACUGGGAGAGGGAAUUCGAGACGUGGGGAUAUUUUGAAGUUGGCAUAUAUACGGGACCUCCGAAGGAACGCACAGAUGUCUUGCGUGACUUUAAGCUCGGAAGACUGGACGUUCUCAUCACUUCCUUCGAAACGGCGCGGAAGGAUAUUGAACUGCUCGACGAUCUUCCUUGGUCUAUCAUCAUCGUUGAUGAAGUUCACCGCGUGAAGAACCCUCGUUCGGCGCUGGCGACGGCAUUCAAUCAGUUCGCCUGCACGACGCGGUUUGGCCUCACCGGCACAGCCAUCCAAAACUCGUUCUCAGAGUUUUGGACUAUCCUCGACUGGGUGAACCCGGGAAGCGUCGGAACAAAACGUCAGUGGGAAGGAUAUGUCUCUCGGCCUCUAAAUGCUGGCCAGAGCAAGAGUGCUAGCGUCGAGCAGAGAACGAAGGCGGUUCUCGUGGCACAGAUUCUGAAGACCAAGUUGUUGGCUAAUUUCUUCCUGAGGAGGACCAAGCAGAUCAUUCAGGAUCAGCUGCCGCAAAAGGAUGACCAAGUAGUAUUCUGCCCACUGACCAACAUGCAGAUUCAAGUUUAUAAACGCAUACUUAGCACCAAGGCCGUCCAAAAUAUGAUAAGGAGGGACGAACGAUGUGAUUGUGGCUCACGGAAACCGCGGAAGAAAUGCUGUCAUCCAUUUAAGAAGGGCGACUUAUUCAGAUACUUGAUAACGCUGAUCAACAUCUCGAACCACUUGGCUCUAAUUCUGCCCUCCCCAACGGACACCCAAGAACAGACUAUCCGCCGUCGGGAGCUAUCGAGGAUCGUCUUUGGCGAGGGCUCCGCACCUAAGUAUGGUCCCGCUAUGCUCGUUCCAGAAUUCUGCGGGAAGUGGCUAGUCCUAGGAUCUCUGUUGGAAGAUUGGAGAAAGGACCCUCUGAACAAGGUUUUGAUCUUCACUAAAUCUGUUAAGUUAUUGGACAUGCUCGACUUCCAUCUGAGAUCACGAAGUAUUGAGUUUGUCAAAUUAGACGGAUCUACCAAACCGUCUGAUCGAAUGUCGCUUAUUGACAAGUUCCACGAAGAUCCGGAUGUAUUCGUGUUUCUGAUCUCGACCUUAGCCGGUGGAACGGGAUUGAACUUGACAGGAGCAAACAAAGUAGUGAUCUUCGAUCCGAAUUGGAACCCGGCGCACGACCUGCAAGCGAUUGACCGCGCCUAUCGCUUUGGACAAACACGCAACGUUUCAGUGUUCAGGCUUCUGGGUGCGGGAUCUAUCGAGGAGCUGAUAUAUGCUCGUCAAGUGUACAAGCAGCAGCAGAUGCAAGUUGGUUACAACGCCAGCUUCCAAACUAGGUACUUCGAAGGCGUGCAAGGCGACAAAGACAAGCAAGGAGAGCUGUUUGGCAUCAAGAACAUUUUCACGCUGCGUGAAAAUACUCUCGCUACCAAGCAAGCAAUCGAGAGGGCCAUCAUCUCCGAUUUCAACUGGUCGCUGGCCAAUGUUGACGCGAGGAAGAGCAAAAAAGGGAAGAAGCAGGUCAUCGAUGCCGACGAGGAACCUAAGGAGGAUGACUUGCGCGGUCUUGAUGAGCUGCUGCUCGAUGAUCGUCCGCCGCAACGCGAGGGCAAAAACGACGAUAUCCAGGAGAUCUUGAGGGACGUCGGGGUAACAUACAUACAUCACAAUGAAGACCUCAUCGCAGAAAAUGUGGUGGAAAGUGAGAAGUUCAAGAACCUCAAGCUUGUCAUGAAGAACGCGAGGAAGGCGAGGCCUAGAACAAAAGCGAAGGGCGCCAAAGCCCCUGCAGCCAACGAACAAUGGCCUCCAAUACGUGCGCAUCACAAGCCAAAGCAGACUCCGGAGGAGAGGAUGCGAGCUCGCCAGACGUCCAUGAUCGAGCUGGGGUACAUCGCGGACUCGACAGAUCUACCGGAGUUCCUAAUGAAGUUUAAUAGAUGGUCGUCUGAGCAGAAAGAGGAGUUCUUUGCUAAGCUCGACGAACACUUCAAUAAUCAGGCUCGCAGUCAGAGCCAAGCCCGCAGCCGGAGUCAGCCCAGCUCGCAGAAACCAAGAUAGCAUUAUGAACCUUGCGACUCACCUUACAUAGACAGAUGUAUUUCUUCAUCCAUGUAUUCAAUACGUGCUACAUCUUCGUACAUGUACACUACUUUACCUUGUGCGGAUACCACGAACUAAUACAUAUACCCAUCCUUGGACGAUGCGGAAUGUAAUAA